GCGAGGCCGCGGAGACUACGCUGACACUACGCUGACACUACCGCCUCCUACGUGCGGUCUUCCUCCACGGUUACCCUAGCUCUCCACUCCUCCUUCUCGCGGCGCUCGAGGGAUCAUGGCCGAUCCUCGCGUGAGGCAGAUCAAGAUCAAAACCGGUGUGGUGAAGCGGAAAGUUCUUUGCACAUUGUUGAAAAUGACAAGAAUGGAUGUGGCAUGCAGAUUGGUCAAAGAAAAAAUUAUGUAUGAAAAAGAAGCAAAACAACAAGAAGAAAAGAUCGAAAAAAUGAAAGCUGAAGAUGGUGAAAAUUAUGCCAUUAAAAAGCAGGCAGAGAUCCUGCAAGAGUCCCGGAUGAUGAUCCCAGAUUGCCAGCGCAGGUUGGAAGCUGCACAUACUGAUCUUCUGCAGUUACUAGAGAGUGAAAAAGACUUGGAAGAAACUGAGGAAUAUAAGGAAGCACGUUUAGUAUUGGAUUCAGUGAAGUUAGAAGCCUGAAGUUUUUCUGUACAGGGUGUUUUUUGCAUUAAAUCCUGGGAUCCAUUCCACAAUUCAUUAUUUUUGACCACUGCUGUAUGUUCAAGUAGUAUGAGAAUGUGAUUCUUUUUAUGCAAUUGCAUAUAUUUUUCUUUGCCUAAUUUAAUGUGUCAAAUAAAUGAGUUCGUCUAAUAAAAU